AUGAAUCGGAUGCGGGCACGUGGAAAGGAACACGACCCGGCACUGAGUCCAUCCUCUCCGCUUCCUUCAGCUUCAUCCAGUAAUCUUAAUCUUUCUCCGAUGACAUCACCAUGCAGAGACAGCCUCCCAUGCAAGUUGAUAUAUGUGCACCUUCCAUUCGAUCAACAUUCGCGACUGGAAGUUCGAGCCGGACAGACAGCGCGUGAUGCGAUUUCGAAACUUCUGAAGAAAAGAAAUAUAACCCCUCAACUCUGUCAUGUUAACGUCUCUGAAGACCCGAGGAGUGAACAAAUCGACCUCAUGGAGGAUCUGGAGUCCAUUGCAUCGCGUUUGGAGAAAAAUGAGCUGUGGGUACAUAGCGAAUAUCUCGAUACGGUCAGCUCUAUCAAACACACAAUAGUAAGAAGAACGUUCAUUCCUCCUGUGAACUGUGAUGUGUGCAAGAAUCCCAUUUGGCUGGUGGGAUACCGAUGCGAGUUUUGUCAGUUCAAAUUCCAUCAGCGAUGUUCUUCAUUUGCUCCGCUCUAUUGCGAUUUGAUCCAGACAGUACCACGCGACGAAGCGCUAGCUCAACGCCUUCUUUUGAUAGCAUCACGAAUGGAGGGCCAGGACGCCGAAAUAGCUGAGAGCGUACUAAAUCAAUUACAACCCAACCCCAGCCCUGCUCACACUCCGGAAGGAAGUCAUGCCGACCUCACCUUAAAGAGAGGUGGAGGUGUGAAGAGGCAUCAGCCACCUGCAAGUGCCGCACCAAGAGAAGCACCUGGUCCUCUAGCUCCAUAUCCGCGAGAUCGGUCCUCAUCUGCACCGAAUAUUAAUGCUAUCAAUGAUGAGGUUGUAUUAGAACACAAUCAGCGUAUUUUGGACGCACUGGAAAUGCAGCAACACGCCGAAUCCGAAGCAGCUUCGCGUACAUAUUUACGAUGUAACAAACCCAGAUCACAGUUCCAAAGCGGGCAGCUUACAGCAAUCAAUGCUGUUCCAACAGGAGGAGGUUUGGGGGUGAGAAGGCCACCAAAUCGCCUUCAUCCACGUGCUGACACUUCUCCCUUUGGUUCCAAUUCACCUUCUAGUACUUGUUCAUCCCCACCUGCUAACCAACAACAUGCCGGACAGCUUUUACCACCUGCGCUUCCUCUCACUCCACCACAAAGUGCUCCACCUCAAAAGGUAUGUUUUCCUAUGCCAGUGUACAUUAUUAUCAUACUGCACCUAUAUGGUAUGAUUCCCAGUUUUCUCCUGGCUUCUUCCGUGGCAGAAGCCGUUUCUCCAGGGGAGAGACUGGAACCGCAACGUACUCGAGCUCUCGCAAAUAAACUUGCACAUGAAGAUUGGGAGAUUGAUGAAAAGCAAAUCACCCUACAAUGUAAAGUUGGUUCUGGAUCAUUCGGUACGGUGUAUCGCGGAGAGUACUUUGGUCUCGUUGCUGUGAAGAAACUAAAUGUAGCUGUGCUGAAGAAAACGCGUCACUUGAAUGUGCUUCUUUUCAUGGGUUGGGUUCGUGAACCAUCACUCGCCAUUGUAACACAGUGGUGUGAAGGCAGUAGUUUAUAUAAACACAUCCAUGUUGUUGAACCUCGGGUGGAGUUUGAAAUGAGCACUAUUCUUGACAUUUUCAAACAAAUAACUCUAGGAAUGAAUUAUCUGCAUUCGAAAAAUAUAAUUCAUAGAGAUCUGAAAACCAACAAUAUUUUCCUUAUGGAUGACAUGAGUACUGUGAAAAUAGGAGAUUUUGGCCUUGCCACUGUGAAAACUCGCUGGAGUGGAGGGCAACAAAGCCAGCAGCCUACUGGCAGCAUUCUAUGGAUGGCGCCGGAGGUUAUUCGCAUGCAAGACUCCAAUCCAUACACUACUUUAUCUGAUGUAUAUUCUUUUGGAAUAGUCAUGUAUGAAGUUCUAUCAAGCUCUCUGCCGUAUACUAACAUAAAUAAUCGCGACCAAAUCCUUUUCAUGGUUGGUCGCGGCUAUCUCAGACCGGACGUUUCGAAAAUACGGUCGGACACUCCAAAGCCGUUGCUGGCCCUAUAUGAACGCUGUAUCAAGUACAACAGAAACGAGAGGCCAGAGUUCAGCGAGGUGCUCGACAAGCUACGUGGAGUCUCUCUUCCAAAGCUGACUCGAUCAACUUCAGCCCCCAAUCUUUAUAGAGGUGUUGUGGAGACAACAGAAUCAAUGGGAGGCUACAACUCAAGCACAUCUCGGACUACUCAUCACCUUUGGGGUUACCUUUAG